GACGAUGAUGAACUUUCUGUACAAGGAAGUGAAAAUGGUGGACAUUAUACACCCAUGUUUGAUGUUCCCGGGACUGCAUCAACUAGAUGGAGCUCACUAUCCAGGUAUACUUUUAACAGAGUUACAUAGAAGUUUCUUUUUUAAUCUCUCAAUCGGCUUGGAGGUGCUCUAGUUAGCCUCAAGGUGAAAGUGAUAUGUUCUACAUGAACAGUGUAGGGCUAAAACUAUACAGAGUAUUAAGGUCACUUUAUUAUGUACAGGACUCCAACCUUUGCUUUUUCUAAAGACACUAUUUGGUAACCUUAAGCCUUAAAAAGGUCCCUAAAAAGAAAAAAGAAAAAAUGGCUGGGUGGAGAAGGUUUAUGGAAGAUCUCAAGACUCACAAGACUCAAUACUUGAACGACCAUAGAGACAGAGAGAGAGGCAUAUUUCUAUUGAUGAAAAUGAUGGAGAAUUAUCAAUAUUUUAUGCUUAUGUUUAUUUCAAUUUAACUUUAAAUCAUCAACAGGAAGUAAAAUUUUAACUUGCUACCUGACCCCUGCACUCAGGUUGCUUUACCCUCAUGAACUAUCUUGUGAUAGAAAUCUGAAAGUUACAAUUUAAUUUAAUGAGUGUUAAGUAAUACAAUCAGAAUUCAAUGCAGAAUCCAGUUAAAUCUAACUGUUUCAAGGGAUUGUACUGCCUGCUUAACCCUUUAAACCUUAACAUGAUUAGAAUGCAUGUUCUCCAUACUCCUCUCUUAAGAUUUCUUAAGGUGCUGACAAGGAGAAUUUUUUUAAGAAAUCAAGUGCUUCUUUCAUUGGUGAUCAUUUCCUUUAUUCUUGUGACCUUAAUUUGUGAUUCAGGGGUGAUAUUUUAAUGAGAAUUUACAUUCUUGUCACUCUCUGAGGUCAAAGGGUAAUUUGUUAGUUCAGCUCAAUAUCAGUAUCUGGGCAACUGCCCACCUACCCCUCCCCUAACCAAACAUUAACCCUAACUUGUUAUCAAUUGACUGUUGUUGAGUUAGGGGAGGGGUAGGUAGGCAGUUGCCCAGAUACUGAUAUUGACCCAUUAGUUCCUUCUAAUAUCACAGGGAUUUGAGUUUAUUUUGGCUGCUUGUGCUUUCAACACCAAGCUGAGCAAAGAAACCUACAAAAUAGACCAGCCAAUCUCCAAUAUGUAAUGUUUGUUGCUUUCUGAGAUCACAAUAAUCAAAAUAAUUAUUUGGACUCCAACUAUUUUAGGAGUACUUUAACUCUGUCCAGUACAACCACCAGUGGAAAAGGAAGAGAUGUCAUAAUAAAUGAGUACUACGAUGAAACAGGUGUUGUAGCAGUCCUAGAAUCCUGGAUAAAACAGCUUAUAAACAGGAAGGAAUUACCGUACAACCCUUAUCCAGAGUUGGUUUGGCAGGCAAGACAAUGUGCAGAGAGGUACAUGAACUUAUAUCAUUUCUAUUGUUAAAUUUCUCUUAGUUUUAACUCCUAAGAUCCAAAUGCCUUAACCUCCUGCUCAUAUCAUCAAAUUUCCCUUUUACCUACUCCUGAGAAUUUAGAAUCAUAUUUAGUUGAUAACAUUUUCUAUUUCUUUCAUCUGUGAAAGAGGAUAUUUCGAGGAACAGCCAAAAAAGUGGACUAUGGAAACUUUGAUACAGAACUUUCACCAGCUUCAGUCAAAUCCCCUCCUUGUAGAAAAAAUUAUCAUAAUGUAUAAACUGAGAAAAACAUACAUUGGUAUUCCCAUGCAUUGAUUUUUGGUUGUUAUCUCUUUACAAUGUGUUUGCUUGAUUUAGAACUAAGAGAUUGGAGAUUAUUUAGUACAGAUUGUUUCAUAAAGUGUUACUGGCUUUUUUGAAAUAUUUUAUUUUUCCCUUUUCUCAUCUCUUUCCCUCACUUAUCCACUGUAACAUUUUGCUAAAAAUGUUUCAAAUUUCUAUCACUUUCACAUAGGUUUCAGUUGUUUGGAGAAGAUAGCACUUCAGUUCUUGAGAAGAUAGGUAUAAAUUCCAAAAUAAAGUACUUACCUCAUUUAGUAAUUCUCUAAUAUGUUAUAUUUCUUGUUUUUAAUUUUGAUAAAACAUGAUUGUCAGACAGUUAAGUAUCUUAAUGUAUUUGCCACAGCCCUGUAAAAUUAAAGUAAAGCCUUUAUACAGGCCCAAGUGGCCCAUGGGUCCAGUGCUUAACUCCAGUUUUCUUAGCAUGAAGAGGCUAGGAGUAUUGCUACUCCCCCCUGGAUGGGAUGCUAGUCCAUUGCAGGGUUACCCCCAGCACACUUUUGUUGGUACCCAUUUGUACACCUGGGUGAAGAGAAGCACUGUGAGAGUAAAGUGUCUUGCCUAAGAACACAACACAAUGACCCUGGCCAGGGCUUGAACCUGGACCACCCGAUCCGGAGUCAAGCACGCUAACCAUGAGGCCACCAUGCCUCCUCGCCACAGCCCUGUACCUACCUUAAAUGGAAAAAAGUACAAAAAAUACCCUUAUAUGACUGGAGAAAAACCCCCAUGAUGUGAUGUGAGCUAAAAGAAGUAGAGAAGUAGAAAGAGAAGGAGUGGUAGUUGUUUGAUAAAAUGCUGAUGCCUGGGUUAGGCUAGACCAGAAAGGAAACUGAAACUUUUGGCUUUUGGUUGAUCAUGAAGUACAGAAGUGGCUGGGCUUGAUCCCUGUGUCAUGACCCUAAGUCAAAUAUUUGCUGUAUGGCCCUCCUGCUCAAGGGAUAAGUUGGUAAAUCUUCUCAUUGAAGAGAACUUGUCACUAGAAAGUACACCCUUAUCUUGAGAGAAUUAACAGCAUACAACUGAGAAAAGAGGCCUGAUUGUAAAUGUAUUAUGACUGAUUUAGUUCAUUCAUUAUCCAAAUAAUACCUCUAGGAAGUCAAGUAUUCACAAUAGGAGGUUACAUUUCUCGCACCCAAGACAGUCCAGCUCAUUGGGGUCUAUCAGCUUUAUUGCAUGUUGUAAACACAGAGUUUCUUAGUCAGUUUGGCUAUCUUUUAUCAAGUAUGAACUCUGAUGUUUCUACAGAGGACUCUGAAGAUUACUUGGUGAGUUUGAAUCAUGUUAACUUGUUGCUUGGACUAGAUGAAAGGUGGGCAGCAGGGGUGUCUAAGGUCUUCUAAAGUCAAGCCAGCUCCCAAAUAAAAUGCUUUCCCCAUAGCUAGAAAAUCCUUGCAACCCAACCAUUUGCCCCUAUUCCAGAAACCUGGCAAUGGUGAUUAAAACAGCGGAUGUUGCUGCAAUAAUCAAAUUGAGCCUGCAUUUGAGGGGCUGACCACUGGUCACAUGAACCUUUUAAGUUGAUGGUGGUUAUUAAUUAACUAAAUGAAAUGCUGUGUUCACUUUUAACAUUCUAUUUGUGAAUGAAUGAGAAUGAUAAAUUCUGAGUUGGUCAUUCAAUUAGAGUAUCUCUAGGAAUGGAGGGAGGGAUUAGCUUGAUUGCAAUGUUGUAAUAUUUUAUGUUUUGAACAAGAAUUCUCAUGUUUUAUCCAGUUUUUCUGAUAAUAAUGCCCUCUUAAAUGCAAAUUAUUUAAAAAGUAUGUUUUUACCAGUUUAUUGUACAGAAACCCUUUCCAGUUCUGAUUGGUCCUUGUGUGUUUGGUGGAAGCCUUUACCCUGUAAACAGCACAGAGAGCAUUGAAAUUAGGAUGGAAUAUGCCAUCAGUGGCCCAGAUAUAGAUCAGGUACAUUAACUCUCUUUAGGUUUGUGGCAAGUGUCUGUCUAUAGCCCCAGUAAAGCAAAAGAGCAACAUGUGAUAUUGAUUUUUAAUUUUAUACCAGUGUGUAAGAAGAACAAACUAGCCAAUAGGUUUGUUCAAAAAACAUUUUUAAUGAACAACAGACUUCUAUAAAAUUUAUAUGUGGUCUCUCUUGAGGACAGCAUACUUUGCUUUGAAAAAGUUGGUUGUGUAGAGCUAAGAUCAAUAAAACUACCCCAAACCUUUGAAAAUUAAGAGAUUAUUUUAACUAUGGGUAAGACAAGUCUGAGAGUGAAGGUUAAAGAAGGGAAAAUCACAGAACUAAUAUUUUUGGUUUUAGAGACAAAAAUUUUCUUUUUUGACAAAACUUAGGGUUUUUUAAUUGCACCUUCAGAAAUAGUUUGCAUACUCGGUCAGUAUCAACUUGUAAGAACUUUCCUAAAUAAUCCAUUCGAUCUCAUUUGUUAAUAGCCUGUUGCAUGAAAUAUACAGCCUACUCUGGGUUUAAUUUUUGUGAUGUUGGUUGUAGGCUUCAGAAAUAUUUGCCAAAGCAGUGUUAACAGAUCUCCAGAAGAUGAGUGAAGCUGAUACACACAUUUUGCUGGGUGAGUAUAAUUUUUUCAAUUCUUUUUUUUACUUUCCUGUUGUAAUAUGAUUUACACUGAAAGAUUAGUACUGACAAUAAAAAGCAGUCAAAAUUACUGUUGAUCCAUAGAGACUAGUUAGCAAUUAUUCAUUGAUUGAAAGUUUAUUUUUGUCAAUAUACCAAAAAAUGGUUGGGAAUUAAAUUGUUGAGGCACAAUUUUGUCUCUUCAGCUGCUGGGAGGUAACUAGUACUUGCUAAUCAAAUUCCUAACUAGCCAAUCUGUGCAUACAAAAAGGGCUAUUAACCUGUGUGAUAUACAGUAUACUAAUUUCAAUUGUUGAAAAUAGAUUGACACUGUUUUUAAGCUUCAACUUUACCCAGUGGCCUCAAUCUUCAACCUCAACAUAAUCAUUCCCUGAAUUUACAUUCACACAAACUAAAGGCACAUUUGGGUACUAAUUAAUUUUGGUGGUUAUCCUACAUGGUUUUUCACUGAUUUUUCUCAAAAUUUAGGUUUCACCAUUCCAGUGGAAGACGCAAGAAAUAGAGGGAAAUGGAUUGAUGAAUUUUGGACUUAUCAAAAUGUUGACGAAAUAAAGGUGUAUAACCAUGAUUGUUUUUUUCUAAAUAUAUUAUAAGUUCACCUAUUUUUUUAGUUUUUUGGCAUCUUCUCCUCCUUGGAAGAAAACCUUAUCAAUUAUUUUGUACAUUUUUAGGAUCAGUUUUUGAUGCUUGUCAAGUCUGCUGCCUCUGCUCAGAAAGUUGCUGAAGCUCAGGUACAGUUUUUUAUUGUGUCAGAUUAGCUCCAUGACAAACACUUCCAAGCAUUUUUAACCUUCAAACAUGAACUGCCAAUCUUAAACCAUCUCCCAAGAGCUAUUUUACACAAUAUCUUGACAUUUGCUGUUCUCAGUAACUCAGAUAAAAACAUACUUAGCGAAUAUCACUGACAAGUCUUGCGAGAAUUACUCUCAAUAUCAGACUACUUGAUCAAAAAUUGAUUCUUGUUCUGUACAUUCAUAGAAUUGGUUUUAAUUACAGUGCAUGUUCAGGAUGCAGCCUGAGAGACGAGUUUACAGAAGAGGAUGUAAACAGUACAACUUGAAUUUCAUAAGGACAGAAGGAGAGAGGUAAUCAAUCAAUUUGCAAAAAAAGAGUUGUUGGCUCUUUGCAGUUAUUCUGGACUGGGUUCCUGAUUUCAUAAAUGAUGUAUUGAUUUUUGCAAGUGACCACAAGCACUAGAGCAGUUUGAAUUGAGUGUCAGAUGGAUCUAGUUGUGGAAGUGCUUUAUACAAUCUAAGCCUGUUAGCAUUUCAAUGACUUGUCAUGAUCAGCCAACUAAAACUACUUUGUACAUGACUUUUGCAUUUUGACAUCGCUAUUCAACUGCAUUGUCCUGAUUUCAUAAACAGUUGAUAUUGUUUUGGGAGGAAGGAGGGAGGGGAUUAACUGGCCUCAUUUGAAGUGCAGUGAAGAAACUAGAACGAGGAUAGAGGAUGCAGUUUGAUUUACCCAUUAAGCUUUAUAAUGGCCAAUAAGUCCUUAAGACAACAACUGCACACUUCUCUCUACAUGUCGGAUACAUACCUCAUAGAUGAAAAAGAGAUAACCCCCCCAACAGCAAAGGACAACUAAACAAACUUUUUAAGAAGGAGAGGAGAGGGGGAAAUUGAUUAGGCUGCAAAGGAUAUGUUCUCUUAGCUACACACACUUUUGCAGAAGUGCCCCAAGACUUUUGUCUGAGGUAGAAACCAUUAAUUAUGAAUGGUGGGAAGUAUUUUGGAGUGAUAAUACAAUUUUUUUUGUUUGAAGGUCAAAGGCAAUGUCUGCACAUCCUUACCAGAGUGCAUAUCAAGGAGUCUUUUCUACUCGUUCCCAUAUUAAAGAGUACUUGUCUUGGUUUGCCGGUUGGGAAGAACCUCAGCAACAAAGUUUGGUUACACCAGCGUCUCUAGCGAGUGAGUACUGUAUCUAAUCAUUGCUUCAUGAUGGCGCUACAAGCUGCUAGUGUUUUGGAUACCAUGGGUAGAAGGAAGACGAUUUGGUGACUUAAUUUGCAAAAAAAGCCACCAAUUCUGCCACCUGAGUUUAGGGGUCAUGUACGAAGCAAACACUCAUUUUUGAGAAAGAUUUUUUUCGUAACGCUGCUCUAGCACUUGGGGUGACUUGAGAAAAUCAAUAUUUCCUCUUAACUGCAAUGUAUACGCCCAGCCUCAACCAAGUCCCACGCUCGUGACGAGACGAAAAACGUCUUUCUCUACUUCUUCACCGUGCUCAAAAUCUACCACCUUUCCUUUUCUAUCUAGUAAUAUCUUUAUUUACUCAAUGUUAUUGACUUAGAGUGAUAGUUGACAUGUCCAAAGGAGAACUGUAUGGAUUGUGAACUGUGAUGAAGGAGGAAAGUUAUCGUACUUAUUCAGUAUUGCAAAAAAACAAAUUUAACCUUUCACACUCUAAUAGCAGUAUGCAUAUUCCCCAUAUCGUUCUCCGUACCUUUCCUGAUACUGACAAGGAUAAUUGGAUAGAUGAUCCAGAUCUUCUUUCACUAGUGAUCAUAUACUUUAUUCUUACCGCCUUAAUGUUUGAUACAGUGGAGGGUAACCGGUCAAGUCGCCCGAGAGUCAUCUCGCCCGAAGUCAUGUCGCCCGAAACCUGAGUCAUGUUGCCCGAAAUUUUAGUAAUGUCGCCUGAAAAGAAAAAAUCAAGUCGCCCGAAGAGACAAAUAUUAAAAAGAUCAGAAUUUCAGACUGUAAAUAGGCAAUAAAGUUGAGAAAUUUUCAUCACUAAAGCGCUCUUUGUUUCCAACGACACCAUGAAGAUUCUAAACGCGUUUUCCGCCCCUAACAAUAAAGGAAAAUGUUGUUCAUUUCCAAAAACAGAACGAAACGUUGUUCGUUUGGUAUGUAAUCAUUUAGGAAAAAAUUUCGGGCAACAUGACUCAGGUUUCGGGCGACUUGACUGUAAGCCUAGUGGAGGCACUGUAAAGAGAAAUCCGAUGCUAGUCACUCCAGGGGCCACAGUGUUGGUUAGUGCUGUUAAAAAAGUUUGGGCCUGUCUAGACUACAAUUUCUAAGUUGUUUGUAUGUAUAUCUGUUGUCAAGGAAUUCGGAGUCAUAAGACAGGAAGGUCAAGAAGAAAUGGGUCGAGAAACACUUCCAAUCUUCAGCCUCGAUCCAGUGCUGUUACUAGGGUAGCAAGUCAGGCUGCAUCACUCGUCUCAAGUGAAGGAGAUGUCGGUCAGCCAGCUACCGGACCCUAUGGUGAUGAACCAGUAGGAGCUAUUAAGUAAGAGAAAUUACUUUCAACUCAAGGUUUAUCAUAGAGGAAAAAUAUUAUUAUUCGUGUAGUUCUCACUAAAUUGUGAUUUCAUAUUUGAUCAAAAACGAUCUAAAGAUGCGCAAGGUGCAAACAUUAAAAGCUGAUCAACUAAAAUCUUAAUAUGUGCAAGAUAAAAUCUUAAUAUGUACGUAACAAUCUGAUCAACUUCAAUGUAAGGAUGCGCGAGAUACUUACGUAACAAUCUGAUCAACUACAAUCUUAAAAUGCUAGAGAUACUAACGUAACAAUCUGAUCAAAUACAAUCUUAAAAUGCGCGAGAUCCUAACGUAGCAAUCUGAUCAACUACAAUCUUCAAUGCGCGAGAUACUAACGUAACAAUCUGAUCAACUACAAUCUUCAAAUACGCGAGAUUCUAACGUAACAAUCUGAUCAACUACAAUCUCAAAAUGCACGAGAUACUAACGUAACCAUCUGAUCAACUACAAUCUUCAAAUGCGCGAGAUUCUAACGUAACAAUCUGAUCAACUACAAUCUUAAAAUGCGAGAGAUACUAACGUAGCAAUCAGAUCAACUACAAUCUUCAAAUGCGAGAGAUUCUAACAUAACAAUCUGAUCAACUACAAUCUUAAAAUGCGCGAGAUUCUAACGUAACAAUCUGAUCAACUACAAUCUUAAAAUGCACGAGAUACUAACGUAACAAUCUGAUCAACUACAAUCUUAAAACGCGAGAGAUACUAACGUAACAAUCUGAUCAACUACAUUCUUAAAAUGCGAGAGAUACUAACGUAACAAUCUGAUCAACUACAAUCUUAAAACGCGAGAGAUACUAACGUAACAAUCGGAUCAACUACAUUCUUAAAAUGCGCAAGAUACUAACGUAACAAUCUGAUCAACUACAUUCUUAAAAUGCACGAGAUACUAACGUAACAAUCUGAUCAACUACAAUCUUAAAACGCGAGAGAUACUAACGUAACAAUCGGAUCAACUACAUUCUUAAAAUGCGCAAGAUACUAACGUAACAAUCUGAUCAACUACAUUCUUAAAAAUCACGAGAUACUAACAUAACAAUCUGAUCAACUACAAUCUUAAAAUGCGUGAGAUACUAACAUAACAAUCUGAUCAACUACAAUCUUAAAAUGCACGAGAUACUAACGUAACAAUUUGAUCAACUACAGUCUUCAAAUGCGCGAAAUUCUAACGUAAUAAUCUGAUCAACUACAAUCUUCAAAUGCGCGAGAUACAAACGUAACAAUUUGAUCAACUACAUUCUUAAAAUGCACGAGAUACUAACGUAACGAUCUGAUCAACUGCAUUCUUAAAAUGCGCGAGAUUCUAACGUUACAAUCGGAUCAACUACAUUCUUAAAAUACACGAGAUACUAACAUAACAAUCUGAUCAACUACAAUCUGAAAAUGCGAGAGAUACUAACGUAACAAUCUGAUCAACUACAUUCUUAAAAUACACGAGAUACUAACGUAACAAUCUGAUCAACUACAAUCUUUAAAUGCGCGAGAUACUAACGUAACAAUCUGAUGAACUACAAUCUUAAAAUGCGCGAGAUACUAACGUAACAAUCUGAUCAACUACAAUCUUCAAAUGCGCGAGAUACUAACGUAACGAUCUGAACAACUACAAUCUUAAAAAGCGAGAGAUACUAACGUAACAAUCUGAUCAACUACAAUCUUAAAAUGCGACAGAUACUAAUGUAACAAUCUGAUCAACUAAAAUCUUAAAAUGCGCGAGAUACUGAUGUAACAAUCUGAUCAACUACAUUCUUAAAAUACACGAGAUAAUAACAUAACAAUCUGAUCAUUUACAAUCUGUAAAUGCGCGAGAUACUAACGUAACAAUCUGAUCAACUACAAUCUUAAAAUGCGCGAGAUACUAACGUAACAAUCUGAUCAAUUGCAAUUUUAAAAUGCGCGAGAUGCUAACGUAACAAUGUGAUCAACUACAAUCUUAAAAUGCGAGAGAUACUAACGUAACAAUGUGAUCAACCACAAUCUGAAAAUGCGUGAGAUACUAACGUAACGAUCUGACCAACUACAAUCUUAAAAUGCGAGAGAUAGUAACGUAACAAUCUGAUCAACUAAAAUCUUAAAAUGCGUGAGAUACUAACGUAACAAUCUGAUCAACUACAAUCUUCAAAUGUGCGAGAUACUAACGUAACAUUCUGAUCAACUACAAUCUUAAAAUGCACGAGAUACUAACGUUACAAUCUGAUCAACUACGUUCUUAAAAUACACGAGAUACUAACAUAAUCUGAUCAACUACAAUCUGAAAAUGCGAGAGAUACUAACGUAACAAUCUGAUCAGCUACAUUCUUAAAAUACGCGAGAUACUGACGUAACAAUCUGAUUCAAAUGCGCGAGAUUCUAACGUAACAAUCUGAUCAACUACAAUCUUCAAAUGCGCGAGAUACAAACGUAACAAUCUGAUCAACUACAAUCUUAAAAUGCGCGAGAUACUAACGUAACAAUCUGAUCAACUACAAUCUUAAAAUGCGAGAGAUACUAACGUAACAAUCUGAUCAACUAAAAUCUUAAAAUGCGCGAGAUACUAAUAUAACAAUCUGAUCAACUACAUUCUUAAUAUACACGAGAUACUAACAUAACAAUCUGAUCAACUACAAUCUGAAAAUGUGCGAGAUACUAACGUAACAAUCUGAUCCACUACAAUCUUAAAAUGCGCGAGAUACUAACGUAACAAUCUGAUCAAAUGCAAUCUUAAAAUGCGCGAGAUGCUAACGUUGAUCAGAUUGGAAGCCAAGGUUUCUCUUGUUUUGACCCCAUACACUGUGGUUGUCAUUCAUUAACAAUACGGUAAACAGUUUGAACCUGAGAACAUUGGAUCAUUUUGUCGGAUCAUCCAGGUAAGUAAGCAGAUUGUUGUCAGUAGUAGUGAAUGACCCUUUAACAUCCUUAGCAGAAGUCGCCAUCAGAUUCGAGCGAAGGAUGUUCAACGGUCAAUCAUUACUACUAACAGCAAUGCGUCUCAGGACUACUCUUGCCUGGUUGAUCAGACUACACGAUGGAAGACAUUAACAAUCUAAUCGAUUGCUUUGCAGAACUUACCUUAAUAACAAAAUAUUUGAGCUUGGAGACCGAACUGAUUUCUUUAGAAUGCUGCACUUCGUUAUUCUCGAGAUCCUUCUUAACAGGUUCGUAUUUCUCAACCGUGCAUGUUUCUUUGUACCAAUGCUGUGCCAUUGCUGUACCAAUGUGUUAACUCCUUGGAUUUUAGUUGUGACUCUCCCUUUAUCUGUUAUGUAAAUUGGUGUAGAAAAUUGGGGUGAAAUAUUACAACAAGACUGUGUAGAAGAUGCACUGUUUUCUUUUUACUCUUAUCACCGGUGCACUGAAUAAUGUAUUAGCCCCUAAGGGUGACUGACAUCUUAUUCCUCCUCACAAUAUCACCCCUGAAUCAAACAUGGAGUGUAGAAUGAAGGAAAUAAUCAUCCUUUAAGGAAACUCUUCACCGUUAUUUUACAUUAUUUUUAUCAUUAUCGUUACUGUUGUUAUUAUUUUCAUUACUAAGACGAUGAUAAUUAUUAUUCUCACAAUUGUCUAAGGGAGGAUGGUGAGAGCCAGGAUUGUCUAGUGGAGGCCUACAGAAUUCUGAGGAGCACAGCUUACCAACUUCAUCUUGUGAUGCAGCAAAACCAAGUGCUUCAAGAUCUUGUGACCUUCUUUAUUUCAUGUGGGGUUAGUGGAGAUUAAUGUGUUUGUAGACUUGAUCUUAACAAUGUCGUUUCAUUUAAGAAAGAUUAAAAUAAAUUAAUAAACACGAUUGGCUUUCUAGCAGUAUGCAGGAUGCUUGAAACAGAUUAUCUAAGUAAUCAUUACUUUAUCUUAAGCUCAUUGUUAGAGCAUUACCCCAUAACAUUUAAUGAUGUUAGAUAUUAUUCCUUGUUGAGGACUCAUUUUCCCCCUUGUCUUGUGCUUGUGACAAAAUGAAUUACAUCUUUCAUAUUGGGUGAGUGACCUCAAAUUUAACAUCUUGGAUAAUUUAUUUGUGCUGACAAUGCACUUGGCACUGCUGAUUUAAAGAGUAUGCCAAACACUUAUUGGAUAAGUAUCAAGCAUAUGAUCCAGCUUACCAAUGAGUUUCUUUGUAGCCAAGAAGGGAAAACAAAACAAAUGAUAUCUUUCUUCAAAUAUUUUUUUUUCUUAUAAGAACACUUCCUUUAUCUCUUCUAGAUGGGUGCAUCAGACAUUUUACAGACACAUCUCAUGGGCUACAGACAUUCUUUGAAGGACUUCUUCUGCAAUUCCCUGUGAGAACAAGAUUUCGUUUUCAUAUUGAUUUGUGUGUUUAUUUGCAAAUUCAGUCUUUUCCAUGACUGAAAUUGACAGAGCCCCUUUAACGGGAUAUGAGACCAUCUUGGUAGCGCAAUAGUGUGCAUGGUUAGAGUGCUGGACCAUGACGCCUUAAACUCCCAAGAUUAGGUCGGUAUUUCUCCCAAACGACCAUUAUAUCAAGUGAAAAUCCUUUAGCUGCAAUAGAAGGUCGUCUGUUCUUAUAAUUCGUAUGCCAGAUAAUAUAUUGGAAUCACGAGGAGAAGUUACAUAUUUGUCAGUUUUGGGAGAGGGUGGAGGGGUUGAGAGCACCUUGUACUGCUUGUAACGUGAAAUGUUGUCUCACUGUAGGAAGGAGAAGAGCAAGGAUUUUCUGUAUUGUGGUAAUAAACUGGUUAACAUGCUGGAUGCCAUGACAGUUAUAAAUCCUCAUUUGGAGGGGAAGACGAGCACUGGUAGCUUACCACUUACUGCAGAGGUAUAUCUAAGUUAAUUUAGACUCUCUUCACUUCCAAGAGUGGCCUAAAGGGAAUCUUAGAGACUGGGUUUCGUAGGUUCUCUGUGACGCUCUCGGGGCAGUAUUUGAGUGAAUUGUGAAGCAGUCUCUGUUGAAUUCUUGUAGGUCAGUAGGGGACUAGAAGUGAUUAACAGAUAUUGUGAGACAGUUUUCCUUGGCUUGAUAGACAAUACUUUGUCCUGCUGUUCCUCUCUUGUGGUAUGUUAGAUGGAAUUGUUAUUUGAUAUAUUUAGUUAUUUUGAAUUGUUGUAACCUUACCGUGUUUAAACGGCUGUGAAUAUAUGAAAGUCAUAUAUUUGAACUGCGGAUAAAGACGUGAAUAUGAAAGCGAUCUUCGAUCUUACUGUGUUUAUUGGUCAUAACUUAUUUGUUCAUUUGUCUUUGAAAACACUUCACAUAAUUCCUGAAUGGCAGUAACUGAACCCAAGGUUUUGAUGAAAUCAUAUUAUUUUCUCUUUUUUAGAAAUAUUUUCCUCCUGUGAAGAAAAACAACUCUCUCAUCGUACAGCACAGUUUUGGACAUGGAGUUGAAAGAGCGGACAUAAUCACCCACGAUAAGCUUGGUACGCUGUUAAACGUGUAUAUUAUUUAGAACGCUUUUCGAUUGAGUGUCUUAAAACCAAAAGCAAAGUAGUCACAACGACGGUCCAAUCAGAAGAAAGAAAAAUACGUGUAAGAGUCAUGCAGUAAGUAAAAACAACCAAACUUCCUGAAGCGCAGGAAAACGCGGGCGACCGAUUCGUGAUUGGUUUUAGUUUUUCAUCUGAUUGGUUCAGAGAAUGGCGCGAGUUUUCUGCACAAAUCAUAGAGCGAAGUAAAGCAAACCAACGUAAUAUCGGAUAAUUUUCGAAACUAAAAGGAAAAUUGCUCUUACUAUCAAUUGUCAAAAGUUAUCUAAGAUGGCAUUCGCUUUUCUUUGCUUCGCUGGUAUCGUUUUGGAAAACUCUCUUUUACGUACCUCUAAAGAAGGACAAGGUAAUCUCUAGUUUUAAGUUAAUUCUGACAUAAUAAUCAUUUAGUUUGUAAUCUUUCAGUGUUGUUUGUGGAGGAACAGGCUAAAACUAUCGCUGCACCCGCUGUCAUUGCAAAGGAAACUGUUUUGAUGCAGGUAAACGAAUGUGCCAAUGUUAACGUACAUCAGUUCUAGGUUCGUCACUUCCAAACCACGCCAAUUUUUUUCUAUCCUUUGUCAAUCUUUCAACCAUCCGUGAUUCUGUUUAGUUCACUCUUUCCUCUUGGAAGUUUUCUUCCACUCUUGCUUAAUACUAUCAUUAUUAUUUUUUGUAAGAAUUCCUUCUGGUAAAGGAAUUUUGUGUAAUGUAUAGACAGCUCACAAUGUCCAUGGUCCAAAGUAAAGAAAAAUAGAAAAAAAACUCUAAGAAGAAGAAGUCGUAAACCUUAGAGGAACAGGAAUGGCUAAAGAUGGAGACAUCUAAUACUUCUUGAAAAUAAAGACCUUGAAAAAUUUGAUUUACAUUUUUCAUAGUACACUAACCACUAGGUAGCUUCUUUAAAGAUCACGUUUUAAAUAAGAAUUCUACCCUUGAUUAUCUUAGUACCUUGUUGAAUCGAAGCUUGAUCAAGUGUUCCACGAGUUUUUAGUUGACCUCGUGACCGACGAGGAGUUCAUCCCUCCAAAUCCUUACCCUAGAUUGACAUCUGAACUCUCCGUGGCUGCCAUGAAGUAAGAUAACAGAUAGCUUAACCUUUUUAAUUCUAGUAGUGACUAACAUCUAAUUUCUCCUUACGGUAUAAGUCUUGAAUCAAACAGUAAGGUCGUUAGAAUAGAGCGAGUGACACUGCAAUCAGUGAUUGGUGAUGUUUUUUGAUCUGAUCGGUCGAGAAAGAGGCGCGAGUUUUCUGAACCAAUCACAGCAAAGCAAAGUAAUCACAGUAAAGCAAAAUCAAAACAGCUUCGGAUUUUAGAAUAGAGGAAAUGAUCAGCAUCUAAAAAUACUCGAUUGUUGAGCAAAUUCUCCUUGUUAUUGUCAUAACAAUUGUUGAGAGAAGAGUACAGAGCAUACAAAUACUAAUGUUAGGUUGUAAGGUGGUAAAAGCGAGUGUCACUGAAAUUAGUGAUUGGUGAUAUUUUUUAAUCUGAUUGGUCGAGAAAGAGGCGCGAGUUUUCUCAACCAAUCACAGCAGAGCAAAGUAAUCAUAGUAAAGCAAAAUCAAAACAAUUUCGGAUUACUUAAGAGACUCACUUGAAAAUUGUUCUAGUCAGGUGUAUAAAUAAGGGAAAACUCCGUUUGUACCAGCCUGGCUCAUUUUGCAUCAUCCUCUGACAGUCUUUGCUCUGCUGCAGAAUGGACCUGUUUGGAGAGAAACCUGCAAAGCUGUUGUCCAAACUUGUGACGACUUCUGUUCAACCUAUCGAUGUAGACAACUUUGUGUAUCAUAUUCCUGGCAUUGAAGCAUAUGGUGAGUGAUUAGUGUUAUUUUCAUCUUUUCAAAAACUAAUUCAGACUCUUCCCCUCCUGCUCCUCUUACUUCUCACAUACAGAACUCCUUUACCACUUCGGGUUUUUUGUUGUGGAUGGUAUUGUUGUUAUUGUUUAUAUUGUUUUAUUAACGUGCCAUUAUUGGCCAACAGGCUCGGUAAGUGCGAUAGCAGCGCUGGAUGGGAGACAUUAUAACACCCUUCGUUCCAGACUGCACAGUGUUGCCAACAAAGUCAGCACAAGAAUCACGGUCGCAGGUUUUUCGGUAAGUUUACUUAUGUUUCCGGUUCUGGCCGAGCAGUUGUUUUGGCCUAUUUGAGUUAUUGAAUAUUUCUGGUUAACUGAAUACCUAGAUUAAGAGUAAAUUGAAUGAUGGUGGCAUAUUUUUGGACGAUUUAGUGCAUUUGAAAAGGCAUGUGAAGCUUGUGUUCAUUAAUACCAGCUUACUUGCAUUCAAUGUAAAAAAUUUACAUCAUACUGACACGAGCUGCCGAGUAAGAGGCGUAUGGAAAUAUAACAGCCUGGUAAACUUAACUGUUUAAAUUAUAAAGUUCGAUUGAUUUAAAUUUUUUCACUACUAAAUUCAUUUUUCUAGACUGUUGUUGACCUGGGUGUGUGUGGUUUUAGCCCCAUCUAUGGUCGUAUGAUGCCAUAUUUACACGAUGUGGACCUUGAGGAGCAUUAUUUUGUUCAAGGUCCAAGUCACAGGAAGGCAGAAGCCAUACAACACUUUGCUAAACUUGGUGAGACGAAAUCCUAACUAACUUCUCUGCAGUUUCAUAUAGAAUGCAUUUCGAUUGAGUGUCAGUAAGCUAAGAUCAAAGAAAUCAACCCAGGUAACCAUAGGAAAGGAAAAUAUAACUAGGAAUCGUUGAGUAAAUAGAAGCAGACGACUUUAAAACGCCAGUGACUCAGUCGCGACUCGUGUUCACUUUUAAUCUGAUUGUUUGAGAAGAUGGCGCGAGUUUUGUAGACCAAUCAUAGAGCUGAGGGAAGCAAAAGGAGAGGAGUCUGUCGAGUAAUCCUGGAAAAUUACUCUUAUAAGAGAAAGGCUGUGAACUCGACAACCACGUUUAUACUGGAAAAUUUUAAGGCUGAAACUUUUGAUAAGAUUUUCCUUGAAAGGUCCCUUUGUCAAAACCUGACGUGCCACUUUUUAUUUUUAACACAGCGCAUGCGAACGGUUAUGCUGUCAUGUGCUCCAAGUGAGACAGGGUGACAGUCAGCAGCAGUGGGAUUUUGUGAGAGAAAAAGAAAAUGAGUGAAAGGUCCUAGUCCAGUUUACUACUCGCUCAACUAAACCUUGCGUGCUUUUUUUACUUUUGUAGUAUACGAGCAUCUUGUGGACUUUAGUGAAAAGGAAGAUGUUCUCUUUCUUGGUAAGCAACAGUCUUUUUUUGAAAGAUAUCGUGAGCAGGCUGUUCGAUCAAGGUACUUCGAAUCAACGAGAUGGUGUGUGUUAAGAAUGGAGGAUAGUGCUACUUGCCCUAGCAAUCUGACCCUGUCUUUAAGAUCUUGGAGCUCAAAGAUUUGUCUCUCAGCAACAGUUUGAUUGACUCUGUAAACGUGUAAAAUCAUUCCAUCGCCACACUCCGAAACCCCCACAUAUAAAAGAAAACAGCUGUUUUGCACGACAUGGAUAACUGCUUGUGGUUCUGAUUUUUGAUAAUUGAUGUUUUUUGAAGGUUUUUUCCUCGGUGGAGAAACUCUGAGGCGAAGUCUUCACGACAUUGUUCCUCCUCAAAGAAAGAAAGCUUUCCUCUUACAGUUGAUUUCCACCGUAAAAUCCAAACAGUCUCUGUAUUUGAGAGUAUGUAUCCAAACUUUAUAUUCUGUCUUUGUUUUUCUUGUACCUCUGUCAUCUUAGCUUGCGCAGCUGGCGGUCUUGUGUGCGCUUUGACGGGCUAAGCAGCGGAGCCUUGGACGCUUCGCCUUUAGUUUUCACACUUUCGUCGCUCAUGGCUAUUUGAGAAGCGCUUACUAAACUGUCCGUAGGUUCUUGUCAUGUUCGAACUACAGGGAUACGCAACAUUGAAUUCUAACAACUGUGUUUACAGGUGUAUGUUGCCUUUGAUUGGCGGCUUGUCAUGGUGAAGAAGUCUUUUUGCCUGCACUUUUUGCAAGGACAAGAACAAGGGUGAGCCAACUAACCUGUCCCGUAUGGUGUAUAUUGCUAAACUAGUCCUCAAAGCAUCGUGUUGCUUAGCAACAUCUCGAUCUUAAACCGUAAACUCUGUGGGGUUACGUUAGUAUUAGUUCUACUUCCUUCACGCUUGGAAUUUAUUUCGUCGAUGUUAACUGUCCGCUUUGAUUUUUCCAAUGAAACUGUCUCCCAAGUGACAAAAUUGAGCGUAAAGUUGACGCCAAAAUCGGGGCUAGCUCUAUCGUGAUGUAAACAACGUGGCCCUUAUUUACAGUAGAUGACCGGUUGAAUUUAUUUUGUAAUAUCCAGGAAAUUGAAUUCUUUUGUUUCUGUAACUGUAUCACUUUUUAUUUCAGUUUAUUUUUGACACUAUCGUUUCAGUUACGAGCGGUUUUAUAACUCAAACAGCAAUCCACUGGCGUUUUAUCAAAUAGUCUUCUCAAGACAGGAUGCGGUAAGUUACAAACAGUACGAGAAAAUACGGCCCGACAGCAAAUGAUAAAUUAAAAAGUGAUUAAAUAAAAUAAAAUGAAAUAAAAUUAUUAAAAUAAUGUGCGGAACCGAGUUUUCACGAAAUUUGAACUGAAAUGCGUUAUUCAUCAGUGGGUGUAGUUUUCCGCAUGCAAAAAAAACAAUAGGGGGUGCAUGUUGAUGAUGCAUGGUUAGCAUUGAUAGAGGUACUCCGCUGAGGUUUGAACUCAACAUCAACCUUGACUGUUAUUAUAGGCGUCGUUAUACACACGAUGCUGUGGACCCAAGGACCGCACGGACCCAUGCAAAGGAGAGAAUCUGGUACUUAGUUUAGUUCACGUGGAUCACUACAUAGAGCGAGCUAAGGAAGAAGAUGACUUAUUGGCUGUUUAUCGGUGGCUCAUGGUGAAGUCGCUUAUGAACCAGGUGAAUGGUACUUCUGAAAAUUUGAAAUUUAGUCCAAUGUAAUCUGGGAAAAACGUUGGAUGUUCGUUGCUUCGUUCCUUGUGUUUGAUCUCGAAAACUCGCGCCACCCCCACGACCACUCAAAGGCAAAACGUCGUUCUUUGAUUGGUCGAGAAAAUUCUCUCUUAAACCUUUUCAACCAAUCAGAAUCACGUGAAACGUAAACCAUUCGCGCCUCAGGCUGUUUACCUGUUUUUACUCUGAGUACUCAUUGAUUCCCUAUAAAAAUGUCUUCUCUUCCGAAUGUAACUUGUGAUAACCUUGGUUUUGGUUUCACAUCACUCAGUUGAAAAGCGCUCAGUUCCCUUAAUAGAGGUAAUUUUCUCAUGAAUGGCCAACAAAUGAAAACCACGAUACUUAGAUUUUGAUUCCGUCGUUUGGGAAGCCCUCUAGGCCAGUCGGUAUGAUAUGGUAUAGUGAGUGAGUGUUUUGAUGUUUUCACAGCACCAGUCGUAUCUUGUAGAAGCAUGGCGCAUGUUCCAUAGUGUGGCCUCCCAACUUGAGUACUUAUGUACUGUCAAUAGGACACUACAGAGCCUCGUAAAUGAGGAAGUCAGCAGAGCAUUCAGACCGGUGUUGGACGACGAUGAGAGAACGGUAGGAGACACUUCAUAUCUGACAAAUUGCGAGCAGCCGUUUUCUUUUUUUUAAGGAACGCGAGAGUGUUGUUGCGCUGCUACACUCCCGCAAAAAGAACGCUGAUCGCAGGUUAUACGAUAGAAAGACGAUGAAAAAACGGAAGGAGACACGUCAUGAAAAACUGCUGAUUUUUACAGUAACGAGGAAAAUUACUUCUGGAAUGUAACUUUUUUCGUUACAAAGUAGUGAUGAUAAAAAAAUGUUUUUAUGUUAGGGUGGAUGGUAGUCUUCAUCCUUAUAGGAUAGCUACAACAAGAAAAACAAUAACAAAAGUCUGUAAUUGUUCUCUUUCUUGGCCGCCCACACCUAAAAAUAAGUUGAACAGGUCAACUCUCAUUGAUUCUUUUCUUGGUUUUCCUAAAGUCACUUCUUGAUGCCUCAGCUUUAAGUACCAUGGUUACCGCGUAUGGUGAUAAACUGGAGCGGGUGUUAUCCCUCGGGAUAGCCCUAACGCCGAGUGGAUUUUUGCCGCGCUUACAAGGUAUUGAAGCAAUCUAACUCGCCUUUAUUUUCUGUUGUCAGAUUAAUAGGGUAUUUUUCCGAUGGUUCUUGCUUUUAGUUCGUUUGGAUAUUUAAAAAGUGAAAUCACCUUCUCGUUUCUUUGCAGACAAAAUCCGUCUUAUGACUUCAACAGAUCCAGUCUCUCGCAGAUUAAAUUUACUUAUUUCGACUGAAGUAAGUAAGACACCUCACCUGAUUAUUUAACUGUUCAUUUUGCUUCGUUAGGUUAUUCGUUCUGUUCGUAACUGACGUGUUCUGUGUGUCUACAGACGCCGGUUAUUCUACAAGAAAUCAAUGAUCAGUUGCAGCCAUUGUUGGAUGCCGCUGCCCACAGUGUUUACCUGGCCUGUCCCGAGAUUCAUCACGCGUUGAAGUCCGUUGAGGUUGACGUGACGGGCCGAAACUCCCGUAUGUUAGCUGAACAAAAGUGAAAAAAACGACUUUCAGUUCUGAUGACCUCUUGGAAUCCUUUCAUGCCCAAAAUGUUACGGAAAUAAUUUAUUUUUGAACACGUUUCUCAACAGAGCGCGACAACUUUCACGAAAGUUCGCCGUGGAUGGUUUCAAUGCUCAACCCUAGCCCCUCAGUUGAUAAACGAAAUUCAGGGAUGCGUUUCCGAAAGAAAAUCUAAAUUAACCAUCCGAGUGUUAACCCUCUACACCCUAACAUCAGUAUGCAUAUUCUCCAUAAUCUUCUCUGUAGAUUUCCUGAGGUACUGAGAAGGAGAAUUUGUUUAACAAUCAAGAGCUUCUUUAGUUAGUGAAUUUUUUUUUUCAGUUUCUUUUAACUCUCUGUCAUUAAUAGAAUUGAUCUGAAGCAAAACAAUUUUAAAGAAAACAAUGAGUACUUUAAAUGAAGCUAAAAGUUACACACAAGUUUUGUUGAGAAUAACAAGGGAACAAUCUGAGCCCCCCAGGAUAGUAGCAGAUCCGGGGGAAGUCCGUGGCCCCUGCCCCUUACAGACCCGUGGGAUUUUUCCACAACGUGAGUGAGAGCGUUCUCUGAUUUCUCGGUCAGAUACUCUACCAACUGAAUAACACAGAACGCCAUAUACCAGGUUCAAGUGUGACAAGGUUCCUGCAAGCUGGUACGACUAGCCAUGCGAGUGAUUGGAGCCUUAAACGCCCGGGUUGACACUCCUCGGUUCAAGCCUUUCAUACUGCCGUUGUAUCAUGUUCCUAUGCGUCAUCCCUCGGGUAAUAAUGACUCGUUUUUCAGGACCCAAAAAGUCUCAUGAUUAACAGGUUAUCCACGGUAGGAUCAAAUUUCGUCAUUCUCGCUCCGAUGUAAUAUCUAUCGUCAGGUAUCGUGACUCCUCCCAGAACAAGAGAUUAUAAUUUCUAGUCUGAAUAAUUAUAGUCUCUGUCCAUCACAUCAAUCUAAAAUUAAACUGAAAGUAAAAUGUAGCUUUGCACAUCACAAAAUCUUUUUGUAACUUCACCCGUUCAAGCAAGGCUUAAGGUGACGGCGGUGUUUGUAGCGGUGGAGCCGCCAUGGCUGAAGACGUCAAAAAAAAGCCUACGGGUACCACAGAAUGAGUGUAAUGUCUUACCCAAGAGCAUAGCAUAAUGUUUGGAGCUCCAGACCUCGAAAUCGGGCAACUGUGUCCAAACCUUCCCAUUGGCCAAUUAGCUUGAAAAGAAGACAAGCAAUGAGGCGACUAGAAACAUCAUCGACGAUCAAGAGUGGUUGGAAAUGGUGUAGAUUGGUAACCGAUUUCAAGUUUUGGACACAAAUGACCGAUUUCAAAUUUUGGACACUAGUGAGCAAUUUGAAGUUAUGGCCACAAAUGGCUGUUUUGGGUUUUGGACACAGUGGCCUAUUCUGGAUGUGAGACACUUGUGGCUAAUUGGAAGUUUGGACAUAAAUAGCCGAUUUUGGAUUUUGGAUACCAGUGGCCGAUUUUGGAUAUUGGACCCUUUAGUGGCCGAUUUUAGAUUUUGGACACUAGUGGCCCAUUUUGGAUUUUGGACUCUAGUAGCCGAUUUUGGAGAUUGGACCCAAGUGGCCGAUUUUAGAUUUUGGACACUAGUGGCCGAUUUUGGAUUUUGGACUCUAGUGACCGAUUUUGAAGAUUGGACCCUAGUGGCCGAUUUUAGACUUUGGACCCUUGUGGCCAAUUUUGGAUUUUGAACCCUUGUGGCCGAUUUUGGAUUUUGGCCCCUAAUGGACGAUUUUGAAGAUUGGACCCUAAUGGCCUAUUUUAAGGGCUGGACCCUUGUGGCCGAUUUUAAAGAUUGGACCCUAGUGGCCGAUUUUAAAGAUUGGACCCUAGUGGCCGAUUUUAAAGAUUGGACCCUAGUGGCCAAUUUUGGACCCUAGUGGUAGAUUUUAAAUUUUGGACUCUAGUGGCCGAUUUUGGAUUUUAAACACUAGUGGCCGAUUUUGGAUUUCGAACACUAGUGACCGAUUUUGAAUUUUGGACCCUAAUGGCUGAUUUUAAAUUUUGGACUCUAAUGACCGAUUUUAGAUUUAGUGGCCGAUUUUGGAUUUUUGGACACAGUGGCCCAUUCUGGAUUUGGGACACUUGUGGCUAAUUGGAAGGUUCGGACAUUAAUAGCCGACUUUAAGGAUUGGACUAUAAUGGCCGAUUUUCGAUUUUGGACACCAGUGGCCGAUUUUGGAGAUUGGACCCUAAUGGCCGAUUUUAGAUUUUGGACACUAGGGGCCGAUUUUGGAUUGUGGACUCUAGUUACCGAUUUUGAAGAUUGGACCCCAAUUUCCGAUUUUAGAUUUUGGAUACUUGUGGCCAAUUUUGGAUUUUGGACCCUAGUGGCCGAUUUUGGAUAUUGAACACUAGUGGCCGAAUUUAGGCUUUGGACACAAAUGGACGAUUUUGGAUUUUGGACAGUAGUGGCCGAUUUUGGAUUUGGCCUCUAGUGGCCAAUUUUGGAUUCUGGACCCUGGAGGUCGAUUUUGGAUUUUGGACCUCAGUGGCCGAUUUAGAUUUUGGACACUUGUGGCCGAUUUUGAAUUUUGAACGCUAGUAGCUGCUUUUGAAUUUGAACAUUAGUGGCCGAUUUUUGCUUUUGGAUACAAGUGGCCGAUCUUGGAGUUUGGACAGUAGCGGCCAAUUUUGAAUCUUGGACCUAAGUGGCCAAUUUUGGACACUAGUGGCCGAUUUGAAUUUUUGGACAAUUGUUGCCGUUUUUAGAUUUUGAACAUUAGUGGCCGAUUUUAGAUUUUGGACGCUAGUGGCCAAUUUUGGAUCUUGGACUCUAGUGGCCGAUUAAAAACACUAGUGGCCGAUUUUAGAUCUUAGAUAUGGGUGGCCGAUUUUGGAUUUUUAGCACCAGUGGCUGAUUUUGGAUUUUUGACAUUGGUAGCUGUUUUUUAAUUUUAAACUUUAGAGGCUAAUUUUAGUUUUUAGACAGAGGUGGCCGUUUACAGAUUUUGGACAUUAGUGGCCGAUUUUGAAUUUUGGCGUCUAGUGGCCGAUUUCGGAUUUUGGACAUUAGUGGCCCAUUUUGAAUUUUAGACGCUAGUAGCCGAUUUUGGAUUUUGUACAAAAAUGACCGAUUUUGGAUUUAGGACAGUAGUGGUCGAUUCCGGAUUUUGGACAGUAGUGGCCGAUUUUGAAUUCUGGACAUUAGUGGCCUAUUUUGAAUUUUGGACACUAAUGGCUGAUUUGAAGUUUCGGACAUUAGUGGUCGAUGUUGGAUUUUGGGCAGUAAUGGCCUAUUUUGGAUUUUGGAUUUUGGCCACUAGUGGCCGAUUAUUUGCAAAUUAUAGUUAAAAGACGACGGAAACUUUUGAAGCACUCAGAAUACUU